CUCAAAAAGGCCGGAGGAAUAUGUAUUGCUCCGGUUUUUAGUUGUGGUAUCAAGCAAUUCUUUUUGUUUCUCACGUGGACUUUGAGAUGAGGAUUACAAGAGAGAAGGCAUCUCCAUUCUCAGUUUUCCAUCUUAUCAUCAUCCUUCAACUCAUGGUAACUAGUAGUAGUAGUACCACUCCAACAACACUCAAAGAACACUCCUCCAAAUGUGGAAACUUAAAUAUCAGAUUUCCAUUUUGGUUAAAGGAUUCACAACCAGAUCACCGUGGAUAUCCUAGGUUCGAAUUAUCCUGCACAGACAACAAGACAGUAAUAGAGCUACCAUUAUCAGGGAAAUUCCUUGUAAGAAAAAUCAACUACGCAACCCAGAGUAUGGAAAUUUACGAUCAAAAGGAUUGCAUACCAAGAAGACUUAUGGGUUUCAAUCUCACUGAUACACCUUUCAAAGUACAUGAAUAUGGAAAUUAUACCUUUUUAAACUGUUCGAGGGACGUGGCAACUUAUGACUCCAGAAUCAUAAGCUGUCUAAGUAGUCCUACAUACAAAGUUGUUUCUUUCGAUUUAGACGACUUUCUUGUAGGUUUUUCACCUGCAUACAAGUGUAAGACACUGGCAGAUUCGAUUAAAUGUCCGUGGUAUAGCAAUUUUGAUUGUGCUUUGGAUGACCACCGUCUUUUGAUAAACUGGGACGAACCGAAAUGCGGUCAUUGUGAAUUUCAUGGGGGGAGAUGCGGAUACAACUCCAACCUUUCCAUCGGAUGUUUCGGAAUUGACAAAUCCAAAGGAAAGAAGAUAGCAAUAAGUCUGAGCGUGGGAAUAUUUGUUUUCGCGUUAUCCGUGCUGAUCAUAUUCAUCAAAAUACGCAAGAAAGCAGACAUGAAAGAAAAAGAAAAUCAACGAAGGAUUGAACGGUUCUUGGAAAACAAUGCUCUCAAGCCCACAAGGUACUCUCAUGCUGAAAUAAAGAAGAUCACGAACAAAUUUGAGAUCAAGUUGGGUCAAGGAGGAUAUGGGAGCGUUUUCAAGGGGAAGCUUACAAAUGGAAUCCAAGUAGCAGUUAAAGUUCUCGACAAUUCAGAUGGAAGCAAUAAUGGAGAAGAAUUCGUCAAUGAAGUUGGCACUAUAGGUAGAAUACACCAUCUAAAUGUCGUGCGCCUCUUGGGAUUCUGCGUCGAAGGAUCCACAAGAGCUCUCAUUUACGAAUUUAUGCUUAACAGUUCACUAGAUAAGUUUAUAUUUUCAGCUGGGGAAGGUAAGAUGUCUAUAAACCUUGGUUGGCCAAAGCUUCAAGAAAUUGCUAUCGGUAUAGCUCGUGGUAUGGAUUAUCUUCACCAAGGUUGUGAUCAACGCAUUCUACACUUCGAUAUCAAACCUCAGAAUAUUUUAUUAGAUCGUAACUUCACUCCAAAAAUCUCCGAUUUCGGUCUAGCAAAGCUUUGUACCAAGGAUACACUUGUCACAAUAUCUAUGGCUGCUGCUAGAGGUACAAUGGGUUACAUUGCUCCGGAAGUUUUCUCUAGAAACUUUGGUGCCGUGUCGUACAAGUCAGACGUAUAUAGUUUUGGAAUGUUGUUAUUUGAAAUAGUCGGAGGAAAUAAGAAUGCGAUGGAAAUACGCAGUGAUGAAGAAUACUUUCCAGAGUGGGUAUAUAAUCGUUUGAAUCGUGGGGAAGAUUUAGGAAUUCAAGCUGAAGCAGAAGGUUCAGAGAUAAUAAAGAAAUUAACGAUGGUGGCACUCUGGUGCAUUCAGUGGAACCCUGUUAAUCGCCCUUCCAUGAAUGGUGUCCUUCGUAUGCUAGAAGGGAAUACUGCAAACUUGCUAAUGCCAUACAGUCCUUUUGCCCCAGAAGCUUCAGUUUCUAGUGCUUCAAGAGUUAAUCGCAAGGAUGAGACUGCAUUAACAGUAAUCUUAGAAGAUUAAAUAAACUUUAGUUUUUUAAUUUUUGUUUUGUCUAUGUAUAAAUUCAGCAAUGCUAUUCAACUCUCUAUUUUCCACCUUCCUAUUUACAUUUUUACAAUUUAAACCUCAUAUCUGAGGAAUGAUGAACCCCACAUGUACUUGAAUAUGAAUCUAAAUCUAAAUGUGUGAAAA